AUGUUCUGUCUCCGUUCCAGGGCUGUGCCCUCCCUCCGGGCCCCUGUGUCUAGCACAAUGAACAGAAUCUCUCAAUUCACACAACAACCAACAUCCAGAUCAUUCUCCUCCCUCCUCUCCACUCCAACCCGCCACUUCCAACCCAUGCAGCGCUCGUUCCCGACUGCCAUUGCCACUUCCACUCCCUCUAUGAUCACUGCGACUCCAUCCAUCACUUCUCUUCUCGCGCAGUCCCUUGGCCACAGCGUCGGGGGCCAGACCCGCUCUUUCUCCGCAUCCGCUUCCCUCGGCGUCCGCCGCGUGACCUUCCGGCCAUCGCGACGUGUCCAGAAGCGGCGUCAUGGCUUCCUGUCUCGGAAUAAGACACAGAAGGGUCGUCAGACUAUUACUCAUCGGCGGUUGAAGGGACGAAAGAAUGUUAGUUGGUAG